AUGAUGCGAGUAUGCGGGCCAAGGCUGUCCACAGCUAACUUCAUUACCACUUGCACACCUGCAACCUGGUCAUAUCUUGGACCCGGCGUUAUUGAUGCAUACCUAACAGCCGGGUUGUCUGGAUUCUACUUUGCGUCAAUUUCCGAAGUCAGCAAGAUGAACACAGACAUUGCACUUUUCGAAAAGGUACUCGCCGGCAGCACCUUCUCGAACUCGGCAGCUUCCGAGUCAUAUAUGACCUCGCUCUAUUAUGCUCUGAAGUCCGAAAGAGAAUUCUUGUGGGGAAGUGCUGGAGACGCGGCUGUCAACUUCCAAGAUUUGAUGACGGAUGGUUGUCUGUUCACGACCUGCACCAAUCAAUACUCGUCUGAAUCUCUGUCAUUUACAUCGGCAGGAGAUAGCGGACUGUUCUACUACUCAGCUUCGACGCCUUGCUGUGGUCAAUGCACAAUAUAUGCGGAGGGGGUUCAACUCUCAUAUUGGCCUACACCUGCUCCAACGCCGCCAGUGACCAAACUUGUCGAUUCUCAGAACCACACUUUUAUAUCUCCCCUUGUCUACGCCAGCUUUACAGGCGUGUAUGGGUGGAACGAGUGUGGACAAGUCGGCGGAAUGUAUGAUGUGACAGGGACUUAUCUUCCCGAUUAUCUUCGAACAACGAGCAUCAACAGAAAUCUCACGACCAUAGACAGUCAGCAGUGGACAACUAUCGAUUACGCCGACUUUGGUCCGCAGUGUACGUGCACAACCAAUUGCCAGACAGACCCCUCGUUGGGCGUGAUUACCAAUCUUUGUACUCCACAAUUAUCGCUACCUAAUGGCUUCACAUCUUUGCUACCGGCUUGGUCAACGUGCGUAAUGGGUUUCCUUGGCGUUUUUGAUCCACCAGUAGCUCUUACAGUGCAGCCAGGUCUCACAGUCCCAAAGACGACCUCAGCCCCACCAAUUCCUCCGCCUACAACUCCAUCACCUCAACCAGUCCAAACCCCUACUCAACCACAAGGAACACCGACUGCUCAAUCCGAAAUCACCAGCCCGCCUGUUGAAACGAGUUCCACUUCCAACGUGGCGACCAUCAUCGCAACGAGUUCUAUUCCGGUCUCAAAUGCCCCUCCUCCAGUUCACUCAACCUCAAAGCCACCAGUACAAGCACCAAGUAUAACCCCGACCAUGAUAGUUAUCGGUACUCAAACUAUGACACCCCCAAGUGCACGGACAACUAUUCUCCCUCCCCUCACAAUAGGCGGAGAAACCAUCACCGCCAACUCGCAAGGACACUAUGUUAUAGGAACGCAAACAAUCACUGCUGGAGGAGGCCCAAUCACCAUCGUCGGCCAAACGAUAACCCCCAAUGCACAAGGAGACUAUAUUAUCGGCAGCCAGACCAUAACUGCAGGUAACGGACAACUUGUAAUCCCACCUCCCAUCACCAUUAAUGGUGAAACAAUAACGGCCAACGCCCAAGGAGACUACGUAGUCGGCUCACAAACCAUAACGCCUGGCUCUGGGCCCAUUACAGUCGCCGAACCUCCGCUCGUGAUUGCAGGCCAGAUUAUUACUGCGAAUUCUCAAGGAGAUUAUGUGGUCGGGUCUCAGACGUUGAUUCCUGGCGGGACGGCGAUCACGGUGAGUGGGUCGACGAUCUCUCUUGCCUCGGGAGCGAGCGAUAUCGUGGUUUUUGGGACAGGGGUGACGAGCACGCAGAACUUGGCGAGUGUGAUUUUGAGUAUCAUUGGAGGGGUUCCGACGUCGACUACAAGUGGUGCUCCAGUGCAGUAUACUGGUGCUGCGACUAGAGGGGCUGACAGAGUCAGAUUGGAGUUGGUGGGUGUCGUCGUUGGGCUUGCUGGAGCUUCUCUUUUGUUCUGA